AUGUCUGUCCCCAAUAUUCCAUGCGUCACCAACUCAGAGCAUAGCUUGAAUGUCCACAACUUCCAUCCUCCACCUUCAGGUCAAACAGCUCUCCCACUACAUAUUCCACCAUGCGUCACAACACCCCCACACCGCUUCCAUCUACCGCUUCGGGAGCAACCGCUUCGAAUCCACGCCGAAGGUCCACUACUAGCUCUUCAAAAACUCCUACCUGAGGUCUCAUGGCACCUCACCACCCACUCUCCGGAAUUUCUAAUGUGUGGCGGACCUAAACUAGCGGAGCUGGUGUAUCAGAAGAUAUAUGGCCGCAAGGCACGACCUGACGUUGCUGGGGACAUGGUAGUGAGGGAUGAGUACAUGGGUUGGAUACCAAAUGCACCACCCAUGAUCGAUUACUAUGGCGUUACAUUCGACCACCUUGUCCCGGCAGACGAUACUAAUCCAGAAGUCCUUCAAAUCAAUAUUGUUGAAAUUGAAGAUGAUGCAGGCAUGUACGCGAUACAAUAUAACCGAUUCGAAAUCAACCCAGCGGACUAUAUUGGGAAGCAAGUAUUAGGUGCGCCGAGGUGUUGUUCAAAAAGAAAAGGGACAACUGAUAGAAGAAGGAUCAACAACGCAGUGAAUGAGAGGGAAGGAAACACCAUAUAA